AUACAGACUGUUACCUUUAAUAACCUCGGCCUCAAACCUGGUCACUCCGUGGAGGUGGAGGGCUUCAUUCCGGUGGACUGUAAAGAGUUUGCCAUCAUCUGGGAACAGAUGAGAAGAAUCUUGUGCUACACUUUAGUCCUCGAUUUGACUAUGAAGGAGUCCAGCUCAUGAUAGUCAUGAACUCAAUGGUGGACAAUGUUUGGGGAGAAGAGCAGGAGGGAAAGUUUCUUCCCCUUCCAGAAGGGAUCGGACACAUGGUUUCCUUCUUGUUUGCACUAGACAAGAUCACCAUACAAUUACCUACAGGAAAUCCUUUCACAUUUCCAGUCCGCUUUACCAUAGAGGAGAUCUCCUACUUGGCUGUGAGAAACCUCCAGCUCAAGUCCAUCACACUGAAAUGA